AUGUUGCAAGACUGUGAUACUGUUCCCGCUCUAUCUCUAUCCCCCAUUUGUGCUCGACAUCGGUCCCAUUCUCUCUCUCGCAUUUUGUGCGCGUUCACGUUCCCGUUCUCUCUCUCUCUCUCUCUCUCUCUCUCUCUCUCUCUCUCUCUCUCUCUCUCUCUCUCUCUCUCUCUCUCUCUCUCUCUCUCUCUCUCUCUCUCUCUCUCUCUCUCUCUCUCUCUCUCUCUCUCUCUCUCUCUCUCUCUCUCUCUCUCUCUCUCUCUCUCUCUCUCUCUCUCUCUCUCUCUCUCUCUCUCUCUCUCUCUCUCUCUCUCUCUCUCUCUCUCUCUCUCUCUCUCUCUCUCUCUCUCUCUCUCUCUCUCUCUCUCUCUCUCUCUCUCUCUCUCUCUCUCUCUCUCUCUCUCUCUCUCUCUCUCUCUCUCUCUCUCUCUCUCUCUCUCUCUCUCUCUCUCUCUCUCUCUCUCUCUCUCUCUCUCUCUCUCUCUCUCUCUCUCUCUCUCUCUCUCUCUCUCUCUCUCUCUCUCUCUCUCUCUCUCUCUCUCUCUCUCUCUCUCUCUCUCUCUCUCUCUCUCUCUCUCUCUCUCUCUCUCUCUCUCUCUCUCUCUCUCUCUCUCUCUCUCUCUCUCUCUCUCUCUCUCUCUCUCUCUCUCUCUCUUUCUUGGUUCCGUUCGCGCACUCCGUCCCACCCGUCCGCUCUCCAUUUCGCAUUCGCUAACUUCGUCGCUCCCGUGCUCGCUAUCGUUCGCAUUUGCGCGGUCCGUCCCUCCCGUGCGCUCUCCCUUCCGCAUUCUUGCGCUCCGUCCAUCCCGUCCGCUCUCCCUUCGCAUUGGCUCUCUCCGUCCAUUCCAUGCGCUCUACCUUCCGUUUUCGCGCGCUCCGUCUCCCCCGUCUGCUAUACCUCUCGCUAUCGCUCUCUCCGUCCAUUCCGUGAGCUCUCCCUUCCGCAUUCGCGCGCUCUGUCCAUUCCGUCCACUCUCACUUACGUUCGUUAUCUCCGACCCUUUUGUGCGCUCUCCAUACCUCAUUCGCACGCCGUCCCUCCCGUCCGCUCUCCCUCGAUCGCAAAAGCUCUCUCCAUCGCUCUCGUGCUCUUUUAGCGUCGCAUUCUCUCUCUCCGUCCCUCCAGUCCGCUCUCCCACCGUCGCAUCCUCUCCCUCCGUCGAUCCCGUGCUCUCCCACGGUCGCAUUCUCUCUCUCCAUCACUCCCGUGCUCUCUCACCGUUGCAUUCUCCCUCUUCGUCAUUCCCAAGCUCUCCCACCGUCGCAUUCGCCAUCUCCUUUGCUCCCGUUCUCUGUCCCGGCCGCUCUCGUUCCCGUUGUAUCUCUCUCGCUCGCGUGCGCGCUAUCGUUCUCGUGCUCCGUCGCUCCCGUGCUCUCGCUCUCUCGCAUUCGCUCUUUCUUGAUAGCAAUCGCGCGCUCCGUCCCUCCCGUUAUAUCUUUCUUUCGCGUUCUCUCUCUCUCUGUCGCUCCCUUACUCUCCGUCAGUCGCAUUAA